UGCACCCAGCGCCCUGUGCCGCCUUCACCUCAUCUCUGAGGCCCGGCGCGUCCAGGGGUCCUGCCCGGCUAUGGACUCAGCGUCGUCCCCGCCGAGUGCGGAGAGGAAGCGCGCGGGCUGGGGCCUCCGGCUGGGCGCCCGGCGGGGCAGCGCGGGACUAGCCAAGAAGUGUCCCUUUUCGCUGGAGCUGACUGAGGGUGGCCCGGCUGGCGGCACGCUCUACGCGCCCAUCGCGCCUCCCGGAGCCUCGGGGCCCGGGUCCCCCAUGUCGCCCCCUGUGUCGCCCGCCGCGGGCCCCGCAGACCUCGGACCACGGCCACGGGUGAGCCUUGACCCGCGCGUCUCCAUCUACAGCACGCGCCGCCCGCUGCUGGCGCGCACUCACAUCCAGGGCCGCGUCUACAACUUCCUCGAGCGCCCCACGGGCUGGAAGUGUUUCGUGUACCACUUCACCGUCUUCCUCAUUGUUCUGGUCUGCCUCAUCUUCAGUGUCCUGUCCACUAUUGAACAGUAUGCCGCUCUGGCCACCGGGACCCUCUUCUGGAUGGAGAUCGUCCUUGUGGUGUUCUUUGGGACAGAGUAUGUGGUCCGCCUCUGGUCUGCAGGCUGCCGCAGCAAGUACGUGGGCAUCUGGGGCAGGCUGCGCUUUGCCCGGAAACCCAUUUCCAUCAUUGACCUCAUCGUGGUUGUAGCCUCUAUGGUUGUUCUCUGUGUGGGCUCCAAAGGACAAGUGUUUGCGACAUCGGCUAUCAGGGGCAUCCGCUUCCUUCAGAUCCUGCGGAUGCUGCACGUUGAUCGCCAGGGGGGUACCUGGAGGCUUCUGGGCUCUGUGGUCUUCAUUCACCGUCAGGAGCUGAUCACCACCCUGUACAUUGGCUUUCUGGGUCUUAUCUUCUCCUCCUACUUUGUCUACCUGGCUGAGAAAGAUGCUGUGAACGAGUCCGGCCGCAUCGAGUUUGGCAGCUAUGCAGAUGCUCUGUGGUGGGGGGUGGUCACAGUCACCACCAUCGGCUAUGGGGAUAAGGUACCCCAGACGUGGGUCGGGAAGACCAUCGCCUCCUGUUUCUCUGUCUUCGCCAUAUCCUUCUUUGCACUCCCAGCGGGGAUACUUGGCUCUGGGUUUGCCCUGAAGGUCCAACAGAAGCAGAGGCAGAAGCACUUCAACCGGCAGAUCCCAGCCGCGGCAUCCCUCAUCCAGACUGCAUGGAGGUGCUAUGCUGCUGAGAACCCUGACUCAUCCACCUGGAAGAUCUAUGUCCGGAAGCCUGCCCGGAGCCACCCUCUGCUGUCCCCUAGCCCCAAGCCUAAGAAGUCUGUCAUGGUAAAGAAGAAGAAGUUCAAGCUGGACAAGGAUAAUGGGAUGAGUCCCGGAGAGAAAAUAUUCAAUGUCCCUCACAUCACAUAUGAUCCUCCAGAGGAUCGGAGGCCAGACCAUUUCUCCCCUGAAGGCUAUGACAGCUCAGUAAGGAAGAGCCCGACACUGCUGGAAGUAAGCACACCCCACUUCUUGAGAACAAACAGCUUUGCUGAGGACCUGGACCUGGAAGGAGAGACACUGCUGACCCCCAUCACCCACGUGUCACAGCUACGGGAGCAUCAUCGGGCCACCAUCAAGGUGAUCAGGCGCAUGCAGUACUUUGUAGCCAAGAAGAAAUUCCAGCAAGCACGGAAGCCCUAUGAUGUGCGGGACGUCAUCGAGCAGUACUCUCAGGGCCAUCUCAACCUUAUGGUGCGCAUUAAAGAACUACAGAGAAGGCUGGACCAGUCCAUCGGAAAGCCAUCUUUGUUUCUCCCCAUCUCAGAGAAGAGCAAGGACCGUGGCAGCAACACCAUUGGUGCCCGUCUGAACCGGGUGGAAGACAAGGUGACACAACUGGACCAGAGGCUGGUGAUCAUCACAGACAUGCUCCACCAGCUGCUGUCCCUACAGCAGGGUGGUCCAACUGGCAACAACAGGCCACAGGUGGUGGCUAGUGAUGAAGAUGGCUCCAUCAACCCUGAGCUCUUCCUGCCCAGCAACAGCCUUCCCACCUAUGAACAGCUGACUGUGCCCGGGAUGGGCCCUGAUGAGGGCUCCUGAAGCAGCUCAGAAGAGAGGUCCAGGGUAACCCUAACAGGUCUGCCCCACCUCCCUCAACAGGGGCACUCACCUGGUCCUCACCCCCUUGAAGAUCUCAUAUGGCAGUCUAGCUCCCUACAGCCCCAAAACCCGUGGGCCAAAUCACCAGCCUGAACCUGGAACUCACCAAGGCCCAGCCAGUGGGUACUAGAAUUUGGCUAGGCAUGGGGUUCCUCUCAGGCCAGAAUUGUCACUCCUAUCAAGAUGGUGAUGUUGCUCACCUGAUGGCUGGAACACAGUGAUGGGGAGCAUCUUGUAGGGCUAGGAUGCAACUCGGGCAAAGGGAGGCCCAUCCAGGCCAUGUCAAGUUGCUUCCUCAAGGGAGACAGGAAGAAUAUGGCAGAGUCUGAGUCUGGGAUCCCCACCCUCAGCCUUGAAUCCAGGACCCAGCUGGGAGCAAGAAGGGUAGGGCACAUCCAGCCCACUCUACAGGCUACAGGCCAGUGGGGGCUCAGCAGGCCAGAGCCCAACUCCUUCCCUCUCUAGUGAUGCUGAUCACAUGGGCAGGAUACCAUAAGCGUUCCCAAUAUCCAAAUUGGGGGAUAUCCACUGUCCACCACCCUAGUUAGCUGUGGACUGACAGCUCCUCCCCUAAAGCAGUCAGCAGGGCCCUCGAGGCCUAUGUGCCCUAUGUGUGCAGCCUGCCCCCUACUCCUUGCUGACAGAGGUGCUGGAGAGAUGCCCAGACUCCGGCCUCAUCACAGCACAUCUCAGCCAGCAGCUGAGCCAUGACACAGUUAGUGGUAUCACCAUUUCUCCCGGGAUUGGUUCCUCGGACAUCGCACCUCACAGAAAUCAGGAUAAUUUCCGGUGAUUCAGAAUCUCUGUUUUAAUGAAUUUGAUAGUAUGAUCUUGAUUGAGAGGCUUUUUCAAAUAAACUUGGGACAUCCCAGGUUGAUCUUGGCACAUGCUUACUUCUGGGAGUGUCUGGGGGUGGGGGAGUCUUUAGAAUAACAUAGAGUUCAACCUUUGUUCUCUGCCCUACCCCACCUUCCUCUCUCUUGCUGCUCCCAUGGACAGCCUCAACCUCUUUGUGGACAGGACCCUAUAGUUCCCUGGA